AUGACGACGACGCGACGACGUGAGGCGGCGACGCGGGCGCGGGCGAUGCGGGCGAUGAGAGCGGGGGUGGCGCGAGGGAUGAUUGACAAACGCGGCACCGCGACGGCGGCGAUGAAUGGGCGCGACGCGGUGGACGCGGCGGCGACGGCGGCGACGGCGGCGACGGCGACGCGAGGUGAAAUUGCACUCGAGGAGGAAUCUGCACGCGCGCGCGACGACGCGGUGGCGGCGACGACGGCGACGGUGGAGAAGAUCACGACCACGGCGUCCGAGAGCGACGCGCGCGCGCGCGCGGUCGAGGACGACGGCGACGGCGACGAGAUGGAUGAGGACGCGAUGGUGAGCGAGGAGAACUCGCCCUUGGACGCUGGCGCGUGCGAGGAUUCGAUUUCUCAACCGGAGUGGUCGCCCGAGAGCGAUGCGUCGGAGAGUUGA